CCCCGCGGCUGUCGGCCGCCGCGCGCCGGCGGGAGCGGGGAUGGCGCGGCCGGUGAGGAGGAACAAGAAAGUUGUUGAUUAUUCUCAAUUUGGGGAUUUGGAAGAUGAUGAUGAAGACUUCACAUGUAUAACUGCAUCUUCAAGCAAAAAAUCCAGAACACAGCUCAAGGACCCAAAGAAGGAGAAAAAGGAGAAGCAAAAAAAGCCACACAAAGAACUGCCUUAUUCAGAGAAGCAGACACCUAGUAAAAGGGUAUCCUUGGAUGACAAACUUUAUCAGAGAGAUUUGGAAGUUGCCUUAGCCUUAUCCGUCAAAGAAAAAUCUGCAAAUAUCCUUGAGGUGCAGAAUGCAGAACAACAAGGUAAGAAUAUUGAAUCAGAAGAUGUACACAGGAGACCCCUUUUUUCCAACUGCAGUGUAGACAGUGAACUUUUAGGCCUCAAUCAGGUUAUGGAUGAUGACAUACCGAGGGACGAGGGUAGGCAAUGGACAGUUGCUUUGAAAGUUCCAGCACAUCAGAAGAAGUUACUGACCGUUGACACUGAUGACAGAGAGCAUACUACUGAGACUGAGCCAGAGUCUGUACCCAUUGAGGAGUCAGAAGAAGAUUCAGAUUAUAGUGAAGGUGAUGAUGAAGACUUUGCUAUGAAAAAGAAAGUCAAAGGAAAUAAAAAGAAAACCAGACAAAAGAUGCCAGCUGAAAGAGAGAAGAAAACUUCCAAAUCCAAGAUUAAUACAACAGUGUCACCCGUAGUUUCUCCUUCACAAAUAAUGGAACAGAAAGCUGAGCCAACACAAAAGACGUCCAGUUCUUCAGAACCAGUUGGGAGGCCUCUACAUACAUCAAGUCCUAUAACAGACAAGAAGCCUAAAUGGAUACCACCAGCUGCAUUGGGAAGCAGUAAUAAUUCUAUGAAAUAUGUUUCGGUUAAGUCACCUACUCAGUGUCUUAGACUUGGCCUCUCCAGACUAGCAAGAGUCAAACCACUGCAUCCCAGCGCUACCAGCAGUUAAGCGGUCAAUGACGAGGUGCCAUGUGAAGGAAGAGACUUUGAGAAGUAUUUUGCUUAUGAAAAGAGGAUGGGUAGCAAAAGCUUCAUGGUAUCGUCCAUUUUGGAGGACUGUUGUUUAUGUACAUGUCUAAUACUACAGUGAGUUUUUAUUCUGCAAAAUGCCAGGUAUCCUUAAGUGCUACUGAAUAAUAAUAUUAUUUAAUCAAGGUGACAUCUGAGUCAGAGGUGUGGGUUUGUGAUAAUUUUAAUUCUCUGAUAUCAACUCUUGGCAUUAAAAUAGUCUAGACAGCACUAUGUCAGUUACAGAAUUUGAUGUCUCGGAUUCUUAACACAAGUGAAAGUCAGCAUUUAAAAAAAUAUUUCUUGGAAGAGUGAAGUUAUCACUUUCCACCCCCUUCUUGGGAAGUUUGUCACCGCUCUCAAAAUCUGUUAACGUUUGCAUACCUUAUAUGUGGAUUUGAAUGAAAUUUUAUGUAUUAUAGAUACAGGUGUUUUUUAAAAUGUUGUAUUUUUAAAAAAGAAAAUAAAAUACUUUGUAUAAUCUAAUUAAUUUUAAUUGAGUUUAUGAAUUUUGAAAAUAAUUUCUAAAUCUUGGCUGUGGUCUGGAAAAUAUUUUUGCAUCUGCUUACUUUUAGUGGAAGUCAGAAGCAUUAGUCAGGCUCAGGCGGUGAGGAUUUUGCUUUGAGCUCCUCAGUCUUCAUUGAAGACUGUGAUACUGUGCAUAGUUAGUGGAUUUUGUAAAGCGUUGAGGCGAUAGUUACUGAGUAAUGAGGCUGAUCUUCCAAAUACUUUAGACCACAAUGUAAAUAAUUUCCUGUCUAAGCAUAUUGGCUGUCGGAUGACACAGCAGAUGCAUUUCUUCCUGUAUUACUUCAGGGAUCUGGUCAUGACUGAGUGAGUUGCAUUAACAAAGGAGUAUGUAGCCAUAUUCAGAGCAGUGACACAGACAAAAGCAUGGUGCUGCCUAAAGUAAAAAUAUGGUAUGACUUUUUAACUGUAUUGUACUUCCGUUAUUAAAACAAGAUACUAAUAGAUGUAUAUUUAUUCAAAAGAA